GAAAAAAAAAAGUGAAAGAUAAUCUCUCUCUCCCCCACGACCACAUCUCUCCUGGCGAUCCCCAUCUCUCUCUCCCCACGACCUAUGGCAUCCGAUCUUCCCCGCAGCCCAGAUCCACCUCUCGCCCGCGCCCCCCGCCUUCCCCGGGCGAUGUCGUCGUCGUCGCCGCCGCUGUCGCCUCGCGGGGCGGAGAAGGAGGGGGACACCAGGAGCGACGGCACCGGGAGCGGCGGCGGCGCGGUGUUCAGCUACGGGGAGGCGGGGUACUGGGACGCGCGCUAUGUGGAGGAGGGCGGCGCACCCUACGACUGGUACCAGCGCUACGCCGCGUUGCGCCCCUUCGUCCGCCCGGAUAUGAGUAAAUUCUUUGAUGAAUCAUUUGAUUGUGCCCCCAUCCCGCUCGCCCAUUUCGACGACACCCAGCUCCUCUUCGAUUACAACUUGCUGGAGCAGACGAGCCUGGUGAGGGAGUCGACCCACAGGCUGCUCGGCGACUUCGGCAGCAACUUCGGCCGGAACUUCGAGGGACGCCCGGGCGCCAAGCUGCCGCCGUCGCUCGUCGCCCUCCGCAAGGCUGCGGAGCGGCGCAGCGUCCGACUCUUCUUCCUCCCCCGCGGCAUGACAAGGAGGGCGCGGAACCGCUCACGGCACGACAACAGAAGGUGGCAAUUGGCAAGAGCAUAUUGUGAAGAGGAAGAGGAUGAGAAGAAACUUGUGGUUCUCAUCCAAUCUUUGUGGAACUCUCUUUAUGUGCGAUUGUGCAUUUGUUGGGUCCUUUUUCUAUGCACUUGCACUUGCAGAAGUAUCAUGUUGUGUACAUGUAAAAUUAUUUUGAUGUGCCCUUGUUAGGCGUUGAACCUUAA